AUGUCGCCCAACAUGCUGACGGAUCCACAAUAUAUUUAUCUGAGUCCUAUGGACAAUGUCAUGCCACGGUUUUAUGCUCGACUCAUCUUCGCCUUUCGAUGCUCGCCAAACCAGGACCAUCAAAAAGUCCGAGGUCUGCUAGAACAAGGACUUCGACGCACCAGUGCAGACAUUCCGAGUAUUGCUGGCAAAGUGUUCACUAGGCCGGCCACUCCAGACCGCGUGGGACAUUUGGAAAUCCGGGUUCACCCCAGCUAUUGCCCCACAGUCUACGUCCGGGAUUUCUCUGAACUGGACUAUGAUGAGCUUCUGGAAGAAGGCCUCCCGCAGGACAUGUUGGAUCCCAACAUUUUGUUUCCUGUGAUUGACCCCCCGGAUUCAGAGCAGGGGGCCCCGAUAUUUCUAGCUCAGGCCAACUUCGUGACGGGGGGCUUGUUGCUUGCAGUCGGCAUGUAUCAUUCCGUGAUUGAUGGCACAAGCGGGGGCUGGUUAGCAAAGAAAUGGGCUGAGCAUACCCGCCAUUUGCAAGGCACCACAGAAGACAGAGCCUCGCUAAAUAUCAUGCCCCGGAGUACGGACCCGGGGGUAUUGGAAGACCUUUGGCUCGCUCAGGGAUACAGCCCACUUACGGUAGAGGAGCUAAAGACUGGGUCCAAGGAUUCCAAUGAUCCAACGCUCUGGCGACUUCUGGGACUUGAUCCGUUGAAUACCCCGCCCUCCCCACAACUCAUGGCGGAGCCAGAAGGGCGGGAAGACUGGCCUAUGCAGUCAACCAUCUUCUAUCUCUCGCCGCAAGCCUUGGAAGAUUUGAAAAAGGCCUCCACAGAGGAGCCAUUUGGAAGGGUGAGCACCAAUGAUGCCCUGAUGGCUCUACUGUGGAGGUCCAUCACCCGUGCGAGGUUACCAAAUGAUACGUCAUCAUCAAUGGAUACGAAUGAGGCUAUUCUCGAUAGCACCUAUGAUGGAAGAGCGGGAUUUUCUCCAGACCUUCCUUUCACCUACAUGGGGAGUCUGAUCUUCAUCAGUACUGCUCGGAUGCAACGAUCCCAGCUGGUAUCCCCUACAACGUCAUUAGCCUCCAUAGCGCAUGAAAUUCGCCAGGCGGCCAAGAGUAUCGAUUCCUCCCGUAUGCAUGCAGCGUUUGGCUUGGCAGCAUCGAUACCUGAUUAUACCAAGCUGACCUUCCCGUUUGCCACAUUCGCCGGGGCUGAAGUCUGCAUUACCUCCUGGAUUGCCUGGAGCCUGUUUGAUCUCGACUUUGGACCUAUAUUUGCAAAUGGGGGGCGGCCAGAGUUUGUGCGCCCACCUAGGCGAGAGUUUGAUGCCGUGUGCCGUCGAUGCGUUGUUUUGCCAUUGCAGAGUCAUGGAGGUUGUGAGGUUCUUAUCUCCUUGGUUGCAGAUGAAAUGCAGCGAUUGGAGCGAGACCCGGAGCUUGCGCGCUUUGCUUGUGUUGCGUGCCAUUAA